AUGAUUGGUACCGUUUACUUUUUUGUUAUUGUUUCGCUUGUUACUCAAUAUGCUGCUGCUUUCAACUACGAAAAAUUUGAUUUCAUUUAUGCUACUAGAUCAUAUUACGUUCCACUUUCAGUCGGCUCGAAUGAGCAAAAAAAUGGAGCCUUAUUUGACACAGGAAGUUGGACAUUGUGGUUAGUAAAUGCCAACCAUAACACCUGCAAAAAUAAAAACGGUUGCUCCUUGGGAUCUUUCAAUGCAUCUCAAUCGAACACAUUCCAUAAUUCUUCCCAGAAAACUACGAUUGGUUACAUUGGUGCCUCAUACACAGAUGGAUGGAUCGUCAAUGACACAUUUCACUUAUCCAGUGGUAAGGAAAUAAAAGAUUUUGAAUUCGAUUUGUUUUCAAAUGUCUCAGGCCCAGGAAUAUUUGGGUUUUCAGGUUACUCACCAGAACCAGAAACCAACUUUAUAGGUUAUGCAAAGGAGCAGGGUGUUAUCGAUAAGGAAGCUUUCUCGUUUCACCUCGAAAACUCUACUACUACCAACGGAAGCUUGAUUUUAGGUGGUAUUGACAAAGCCAAGUAUGAAGGCGAUCUCACUUAUUUUACUAGGCAAUCGCUUGGUUAUAGAGGCAAUAGUAAAGUCUUAUAUGCUCUUGCUGCUAGAGUCGAAACGUUGACCCUUGCAUCGGGUCAAAGUGUCGAUGUUGGUAAUAGGACAAUUGUUGUUGAUUCUGGUACUCAGACAAUUCUGUUGCCCGAGGCUGUAGUUGAAAAACUUGGCCUCAGUACUUCUCUUGAAACGCCAAUUUCUUGUGCCGACUUUGUUGAUGGUAAGGAGAAUGAGGUUGUUACAAUCAGAGUGCAAGGCAGAGACUUUUUUAUUCCAUACCCUGAAGCCUUCUACAAAAAUUCAAACGGGAAAUGUUACUCUUAUAUUACCUCGGGGCCAGCGGUUCUCCUUGGAAGUCUCUUUUUGCAAAAUGCAUACUUUGCAACUAACAUCGAGACUGAGACGUAUGGAAUCGCACCUUUGAAAAAGACAAACGAAAGUAACAUUGUUGAUUUCUGGUUUUAG